GGAAGGCAGGGCAGGGCUGCUGCUCUGCAAACAGCUGAACUCUUUGGAGGAGAGCGGGGACUGCCAGAGCACAAUACAGGACGGAGCCUCUGUGGGAGAGUGAGUGGCAGCCAAGGAGACCACAGGGAUACUCUUCCCCCAAAUCCCCAAUUCCGCACAGAGAGAGGAGACAAAGAAGGUGCAGAGAGCAACAAAAGCAUUCUUCGCUUUCAGUCCACCAGCCAAAAAAAAAAAGUAACAAUAAGCUGAGCAAGAUCAUUUUCUCUGAGAUCCAAACUCCAGGAGAAAGGCGUGACAGUGUGUCGGCACAUUAGCAUCAGUAAUCAGUGCAACAUCUCCAGAAACAACGUCCAGGGACUGACUGUGGAGCUGUGCUGCAUGAAGGAGAAGCCCAUCUGGAAGAAGAAGCCCACAGAAACAGGAUGAGAGGGACUCUGAGGAUCACGUGGCCGCUGCUUUCACUCAGCAUCAUCAGCGGAGUUCUGAUUGACCCCACGAUGCAGCAGGAUUCUACUGCAGCAACGGUAACGAAUACAGUUACAGUUUCCCACGUCUCAUCCACUGUCAAAGCCUCAACCGCACAGUCUAUUGAAACGCUGGAAUCCAAGGCAAUGACUAAGAUCCCGCUGGUCGAUCCAGCAACUGUUCAUAAAGACGGAUCUACAGAACAAUCAACUACAACCGCCACACCUUCUACCACUGUAGCAACUGUCCCUACACCACAGUCAACCCCCAGUGUGUCAGUCUUAACUGCAUCUACAAGCCCUUCUGUUGGCCUUUUUAAUCCCGUUACCACUGUGAGCUCCACCACCCCAGAGGUUAAAACCACAACUAAGGUGGUGAACCAGCCAACAGUGCCUCAAAGCACUGCUACCACAGUGCCUGAUUCAAUAGUGCAGAGCACGACUGUGAAAACCAGCGGAGCCUCUGGAGUAUCGACUGAAAAGCGAGGACAACUUGGUAUCAAGGAGACCCCCACAACAUCUUUGACAGGGUUAUCAGCAGGCAGAGAUACCCAAACAACACCAUUAACAAGGAUGGACGACAGAAACAUAGGUACCACUAAAUCGGCUACUACAAAGAUAGGUGUGACUCCAAGUGGAACUUCAAUCCCAAAGGCGACCACAGGGAGGCCCUCCACCUCCAGCCUUCCUCCUCCUGCUGCCAAAAGCUCAGAAGCCCCAACAACAGCCCGGCCUGAGGAAUCUAUUGUUUCCAUGGCGACAGGGGAGAAGACGAUAAAGUAUUCUCUGGGUGACCCGAAGACAAAGGAAAACAAGAUUGUUGAGGACCUUUGUGAGAAAUUCAUGUCCCUCUUAAAGGGGGGAAACUGCUCUGUGACGCUGCAGGACGGCAAAGUGCAGUUUGACAGUCUGGAGAUCACCGGCUACGUCAAAGAACGGCUCGUGAUGGAGGAACACGAGAAGAUGACGAAGGAACCUGCAACAACAGAGACUGACAGAGGAACCCUGAUAGCCAUCCUGGCCUCCUGUGGAGCCCUGCUCAUCAUGAUCAUCACACUCGGCGUCUGCGUCUCCCAUCGCCGUAAACCGUACAACGAGACGCAGCAACACCUGACUGAAGAGCUGCACACUGUGGAGAACGGUUACCACGACAACCCAACGUUGGAGGUGAUGGAGGUGCAGCCAGAGAUGCAGGAGAAGAAGGUGGCCCUAAACGGGGAGUUCGGGGACAGCUGGAUCGUCCCCAUCGACAACCUGAUUAAGGAGGACAAUCCUGACGAGGAGGACACCCAUCUGUAGGGACUUCUGUCCAAUCGGACUCCGGAUCUCCACCCGCCUUCAGGAAGUACGUCGCUCAGAACCGAGUCCUGACUGUAUGACGCGGUUCUGUGGUUUGGAAAAAUAAAAAAUAAUCACCCAAUCCAACCUGUGGGGCUAAAUUGAAAAGCUUCCAUCAUCAGCAGCGUUUCUCCUGGUAUUUUACACGGUUGAUGCUCUGCUCACAUUCGCAGCUUUAAAAGACUUCACUGCUUUUUGACCAAUCAAAAUCUGGGAUUUUUCUCCACUUCAUGAAGCGGGGUAAUCCAUCCUGUAGAGUCACGGACCUGUUCUCAGCAGCCCCUAGUGGCUGUAGUUACUUAUUGCAUUAGAAAAACUUUUUUUCCUAGUAGCUGAGAAUGAACUUUUUUAUGGCGCUUAACCCUCGAUCAGAUGCUGCUCCGGGUGAAAAGCCACGCCCUCAAUGUCACGAACCGCC